UUUACAGGUUCAGAAGAAUGAGUACAAUGCAGAAAUUCAUGAGCUUUUCACUGAGGAUUCCCCAGCCCAGUCACCAGUUGCUGGGGCAGCCUAGCCUUAGCACGACCAUCACUCGAGCAUCUUCCAAGCUGAGCACCCAGAAGCUGAAAUCCAUACUGGAUGGGGAUAAUCACGUCAUGAGGGAUGAACUGCGCAACUACCUCUGUGAUCCUUUGAUGGCCCCUCGAUAUCAGAUCCCCCUGGCAGAAGAAAGAGAACUUGCCUUGCAGAGAUUGAAGAAAGUGUGUGAUAAGGGAUUCAUCUCAGUGAAGGAUUUCUGGAAUAAUCCCCUGAAGAUAUUUGCAGCUCAUGAGCUUUGUGCCAUAGUUGAUGCCUCAAUGGCAACAAAGAUGACUGUCCAAUUUAACUUGUUUGGUGGCACUGUCCUGAAGUUGGGAACUGAGAAGCAUCAUCAAAAGCUGCUUGAUGGGAUAGACUCCCUUGAUGCUAUUGGGUGCUUUGCAUUGACAGAACUGGGUUAUGGUAACAAUGCAGUUGAAAUGGAAACUACAGCCAUAUAUGACAAGGACAAGAAGGAGUUUGUUAUCAACACACCCACUCCCCUUGCACAGAAGUAUUGGAUCACUAAUGGAGCCAUCCAUGCUAAGCAUGCUGUUGUGUUUGCACAACUCAUCAUAGAUGGGAAGAAGCAUGGAAUCCAUGGAAUAUUGGUUCGCAUCCGGGAUGAAGAUCUAAAAGUGAUGCCAGAUGUGGAAAUCCAUGACAUGGGAAUGAAGAUGGGGUUGAAUGGUGUUGACAAUGCAAAGUUGAGCUUCCACAAUGUUAGGUCACCAAGAGAAAACCUCCUGGAUCGAUAUUCAACUGUGGGAGAGGAUGGUUCAUUCUCUUCUUCCAUCGAGGGAAUCCGGACUAGGUUUCUUGCUGUUGCAGAUCAGCUCCUGUCAGGUCGACUCUGCAUUGCCAGUAUGUCCCAGGGAGUGGCCAAGGCAUCACUGGAUAUUGCCUUUCGUUACGCCUCCACACGUCUUACUGCUGGUGCAAGUGGAAAGUCUGACACCCCCAUUUUAAACUAUCAACUGCAACAAAAAGCUCUGGUGCCAUUGCUUGCCAGGACAUAUGCCAUUAAUUUUGGCCUGAAUUGGAUCAAGGAGAGAUGGGCAAAGCAAAAACCAGAUGGCAGUGAACAUGCAGAAAUAGUGACUCUCUGUUGUGUAAUCAAGCCAUUGGCAUCAUGGAACGUGGAGCGAGUGGCAUCUAUUGCCCGAGAGCGUUGUGGAGGUCAAGGUUAUCUCUCCUGUAAUCGCUUUGGAAGCUUCAUUGGUCUUGCACAUGCAGCAAUGACUGCUGAGGGAGAUAACUGUGUCCUCAUGCAGAAGGUGGCAAAAGAGAGAUUAGCAGCUUUCAAACCACUGACUCCUGCACCUCCCCAGAGCGAAAACUUGAAUGACCCAGUCUACCUGGCCUAUCUCCUGGCUAUGCGAGAGAAUGACCUAUUCACCUCUCUUCGUCAGAUCCUCAAGGAUGCAGGGAAGGAGGGGCUCUUCAGAACUUGGGUGGAAGAGGAAUCUGACCUAAUCCAGAAGAGCGCCAAGGCCUUUGGGGAGAGGGUCAUCUCAGAUGCAUUCCUACAAGCGAUCGCUGAAGCCGAUAAGCCCGAGAAGGAGGCCUUGUUGGAACUGUAUAAACUCUAUGCAGUCGGCAUCCUCCGAGAAGACCUGGGAUGGUUUCUGACCGAGAAGAUGAUCUCGUUCGACCUCACGUACGACCUCGAGAAGCUGUACUCCCAACUCUGUUCACGUGUUGGGGCAAGGAGCAAGGAGCUGUGUGAUGGAUUUGGCAUCCCCAUUGAGAUGCUCUGGGCACCCAUCAGUCAGGACUGGGUGAAAUAUAAUCAGGGAGACAACCAAGGGGAGGUGAUUUAAUUUCACAACUCUUCAACUAAAUGCAUUUUCUGAUUGCUUCAAUCAUAACUUCCUUUGGGCAAUAUGUACCAUUUGGGAAUCGAGUGAAUUCUAAGAGGGAAUGUUAUAUUCUCUGUUUUCACUCGUUGAUAUUUAGCAGAUAUUCUUGUGUGAUUCACUGGCAUUUUGCACUCAACCCAAACGUUCAGGCAGAACAUUUGGGCUACUGCUUGAGAUCCAUAUCGUUGGGUCUUCAUAUUUGAUAUGGAGAAAAUUCUUUUCUGAUGUCCUUUUGAAUAUAUCCUGACCUUGUUCCUUUUUUUUUUACAAUUAUAUUUCUAUUGGUGAAACCAA